AGGUAUUCGAAGAAGCCUUAAUACUUCGAAACUUCAAAUUUCAAGACCCCAGUGAUUUUUCUUCGUCUAGAGUGAAUGGGUAGAUGGCGAGCUGCUGGUUCGCUACUCCUCAAUCACACAUCCAGAAGACGACCCCAAAAUACCCUUUUUAUUAACAGUCCAUGUCUUUCGCUAGAACUCGAUCGUUCUGCUUCUUAUUCUUCUUGCAGCCGGCCAUGUCGGAGCCCUCCGCAGGGGGUUUAUUCAUUAUUGUUCAGGUCGUUUUCCGCGUACCCAUCUCGGGUUCCAGCUUAUUCCAGCGACAAUGAAUCUGGGUCUCAUGAGAAUUUCCCCAUGGAGCUUAAGGAAGACGAGAGCGACGUUGGGAAGAUUCCGGUCAAAGCCUACUUCCUCUGCACCAGGUCUUUUUGCCUCUUAACACCUGAAUUUCGUCAAUUAUCUUUGUUGCUAAAUCGUGUGUGUUAAUGCGAAAGACUCUGAUUUUUAGGUCGCGUUGCGUAGACCUUGAAUUUUGGUUGGUGUUCAAGUUACAUGUUUGAAUUGCUGAGCCGUCGCCAUUUUUGUUUGGAAUUGUAGUGCUUUUAAUAAAACUCAACUCAACUACAUUAGAUUUGCCCUUCAUUGCGUAAUGCAUCCAAAAUGGAAAAUUUAUCUAAACAAUGUUGGUUGGUAAGGGCAGGUAUUGAAUAUGAACACUGUUAUUGUUCCAAGAUGAUGUUCCACUGGCCUUUAUGAUUUUAGUUAGAUAAGUGUUUAGCAACAUUAACUCUCUGUGGCGACCUUCAAUGUCACUUGGUUUUUGAAUGCUAAUAAUCCGCUCAAAUAGCUUCAUUUUUAAGUUAACUUAGAUGAGUGCGAUCAUUAGGUUUGUUCUGCUUCAAGUUUUACUUGCGUUUCCUGUGUCCCUCUUGCUAAGUCAUUGGGAUUAUUUUUUGGAAUUGUUCGCUUCUGAAGAACUGGCUCAGAGAUGCAGUUGCUUUCUACUGUCUUGCUACGUGUGUUCUUCUUCUCCCUAUACUUUCUGGUUCCGCUUUGCUUACCUUUACUGCUUUCGUUCUUUUCCCUCGUGAUGGUUCUCAGAUUCAUCAUUUUGGCAGUAUUGAUUUGAAGAACAUGCAAGGGGAGCAUUUAAUCAAUGUUGUUCCUCCUACCUCUCGUUCAACAAAUUAUAUUGUCCUCAGAUACUAUGAUUACCAACCGGAAAUUACUGCACUUGGAAUCAAAGAGAAUGUGAGCUGUCGCUACAUGGUUGUUUUCCAAUAUGGUUCUGCUGUUCUUAUCAACAUUGAAGACCAUGAAGUUGAAAGUUACUUAGAUUUAGUGCGGAGACAUGCUUCAGGGUUGCUUUCCGAGAUGAGGAAAGAUGAUUAUGCCAUAAAAGAGAAACCACGCCUAGAAGAUGACAUGCAAGGAGGUCCAGACUACAUAGUCCUAAAAACUUUAGAUACUGACAGCAUCCGUAUUAUUGGUAGUGUACUUGGCCAAAGUAUUGCUCUGGAUUACUUUGUUUCACAGGUUGAUGGAAUGGUAGAAGAGUUCGCUGGCAUAAACCGUGGAAUGGAGAAAACAGGAACAUUUACAAUGGACAGGACAACACUCAUCAAACUGGUGGGGAAAGCGAAUUCUAAUCUAGCUGACGUAAUUCUUAAAGUUGGUCUUUUUGAAAGGUCUGAAAUUGCUUGGAAGGAUGCAAAAUAUUCUCAAAUAUAUGAGUACCUUAGGGAUGAAUACGAGGUGGCUCAACGAUUCGGAAGCUUGGAUUUCAAAUUGAAAUUUGUGGAGGUUUGCUUUCUCCCAACUUUCUGAAGCCAAACCUUGCUUAUUAGGUUUCUUCUGGUACUCAAAAAGACCAACCCUUUCUGCUCUGGCCUUUCUCCUUUGUGCAGCACAACAUUCAUUUCCUUCAAGAGGUUAUACAAAACAGGCGAUCUGAUCUCCUGGAAUGGUGCAUCAUCUUCCUCUUAACUUUGGAGAAUGCAAUAUCAAUAUAUGAGAUAGUGAGCGGUUCUUAGGUUUUAUUUUCUAUAUACCUUUUCUUUUGAUAGAGCAGAAUAUAGUGGGAAUUUAUUUCAUAUUAAUGACCAUUAUUGUAGAGGAAAAAUUAUUGUUUCAGUAGCACAGGAAAUCGAAAAUUUCCUAAAGUUCGCAAUUUCUGUUCAUUUGAGGCAAAAUGUUUUUAUACGGUCCAAGCUUGCACAAUUUGGACAAGAAUGAUGACUGUGACCCUAUUACCCUACAAUUUAAAUGAGGCUCUGGAAG